AUGACUUUUUGGGUAACAAACUUUCUUUCAUUAUCUUUGUCAGGGACAGAUUGUCUCGACUUGUUACACCGGGGCUUCGACUCAACCGGGGUUUAUUACAUUGACCCUGACGGUAAAGGCGCUUUCCAAGUACUUUGCGACCAAGAAACAAACGGUGGUGGAUGGAUUGUUUUUCAAAAGCGCUUCAAUGGAGUUGUUGAUUUUGACAGAAAUUGGGCUGAAUACAGGGAGGGCUUUGGAAAUUUUUCUGAUGAAUUCUGGCUUGGAAACGAAAAGUUACAUCGUCUCACCAGCUCCAUGAAUCACCAGCUGCUUGUGGAAAUGGAAACAUUUCCUGGAAAGAAGGCGCAUGCGAGCUACAAAACGUUUACAGUCGAUUCCGAGAGUGAGAAAUACAGACUUUUUGUAGAUGGGUAUUUCGGUACAACUGGUGGAACAGACUCACUCGGUCCAAGACACAACAACAAAAUGUUCACCACCAAAGAUAGUGACAAUGACGAACACUUGAAAAAUUGUGCUAUACUUUGGAAAGGGGGAUGGUGGUUUGACGAUUGCUUUUUUGCAUUUCUAAAUGGCCCGUAUGUUCCUAUUGUGCUAGGUAAGAGUAUAUCAUGGGACAAGUGGAGAAUUGAACAGCUAAAACGAACAGCAAUGAAAGCGCGUGUAAGAAGGGGUAAGUGAAAAUACAAUUGACGAAUAUAAUUGAAAGAAAUUUUAUAAAUUUGUCGAAGAUACCCCCUUAAGGAUUCGAUCUUUGAACCUUAGAAUGUGGCGGUUAGAUACUCUACGAACUGAACUACGGAGCACAAUAGAUCAUUUGCGAGUUUUCUUGUGAAAAUGAGUUAUGUACGCAUGGGAAUUAAAAAACGUCUUCGUUUCAAAAGCCUUGUACUCACCCUCGUUUUCAAACAGAGGCCACGCAUAGUACCUCGAAAAUGGCCUGUUUGCUAAGCUCAGCCGAACAAUUUGGUCAUAUAUGAAAAGCUUGCUGCUUAUUUAUCAGUAUUUGGUAUGUCUAAGAGUCUUACGUGUGUGUGGAGAUAGCAACUUUUGAGUUCGAUGACAAGAAUUUUAAACAUUUACCACGAACGUGAGCAAAAAAAAUUUUCGUUUCCACGUGAGGACCCGAAUCAAAGUCCUCUUGGGUUGUGUCCUUGUGUACCGGUACUCAAAGGAACGAAACAUUAACGAACUGCGUCACAACUCCAUGUAUGGAUAUAAAAACAAUAGGUGGCCAGAUGUGUGGCCUGUACAAUUUGCAUCGCUCAAAUUGCAUUUAAAUUUGUACAUGCAGCAUUGCUGGUUUUCUAAAGAAGGCAAAACGGGUUUGGGGUUCUUAAAUUUUCUCUGGAAUUCCUAUUUUUUAAGAAAAAGUAAAUCACUAACGAUUUCAAAAUGGAUGUAAUAAUUGAAAAGAUAGCCUUUUUCUGGAUAUAUUUAUUUCAGAAAUAUGAUAUCAUGAUGCUAGCUGUAUAACAGCUGAAACGCUGCGAUCUUCAAUCGAUUGCCUGACUCUGAAUAGUUAGAAAAAUUAUUAAACAUUUGUCAAUCAUGGUUCGGAUAGUAGAGUAGAAUUAAUUUCCUGAUGCAGCACAUUAAUUUGUUGAUGAUGAAAUCUGUCUAUUAUUUCCAUUUUAUUUUAAGGCAUGUCGUUACUGCAACGGUAUAACUUGCUUUUAACCCCAAACACAGCGACAUAAAAGUAUGUUUUUAACAAAGUUUAAAUCUUUUCCUUACUCAGAGCGACCCGUGGAUUAUUAUCUCAGUUUCCCUGGCUCUUACCCUCAAGAUUUUGCAUCAGUUCCGAUUGUGUUGGAAUUUGAAGAAUUAACAGUUUCAUGGUGGAUCAGAGUUCCGCCAUCUCAAAAUUGGUCAGCAGUGUUUUCAAUAGCACACUUCAAGGAGGAUAGAAAGGUGGCAUUCUUAUACCAGAAGGAUCGACAGUGUAAAUUCAUUACAGACGGCAAAGAAUUGUAAGAAAAUCGGAAUAAAUUUGAUAAACUAUUAGUAAACUGAUUAACACAAUUUGCAUAAAACUCUUGGAUCAAUAUCAGUAUCUAGGCGACUGCCCACCUACCCCUCCCCUAACCCAAAAACAGUCAAUUGAUAACAAGUUAGGGUUAAUUUUGGGUUAGGGGAGGGGUAGGUGGGCAGUUGCCCAGAUACUGAUAUCGAUCCGAUUACUUUUACUACCAACAGACAACACUACACUUCUUAAAAUCAUACGAAUUUAAUUUUUAGAGAUUAAAUUCCACCUUUAAUUUCUUUCUGAGACAGAAUCCCAAGUUUUCAAUUAGUGGGCAGAUUUGUUUGACUGGUUUUUUUACUACACCACCACUAUAUUACUUACUUUGGGAAGAGAGAAGCAAUGGCGUUUUACUUCUUGUUCAUAGGGAAAUUACCUCUAAUCACGCGUUUGCUGAUUCUAAAUGGCAUCUCGUGUUGUUAGUAUGGAAAGUCGAUUCGGGCCACUUCCGUCUAUAUGUAGAUGACAAAUUUGAAUAUAAUAGGCAAACUUUUCGACAUUCGUCACCGUUCUCUGGCGGUAAUCUCAUCCUUGGACAAUCGCAAAGUAGUUUUGGCUUCAUACUGGAAGGCACAGCUAUGAAAGGCGAUAUCAUGCAUUUCAACAUGUGGGAACGUAUGCUUACUGGAGCAGAGGCAUUGGAUUUAUAUUCAGAUUGCGGCGUAAAAUUAGGAAAUCUUGUUCAAUGGCCAGAGAUAAACAUGGCUUUUCGUGGUAAUGUUACAAGGACUCCAUUGGUCAGGUGUCUUCCUAAAGGUAAACAAUUUUAGGUUAAAAAGGAAUACGACGGGCACACCUUCUACUUCCGUUCGUUACAUGUGGUGUCUCUUUCAGAGAGGCAAACGAGCAGAAGGCCUGCGAGUCCCUUAGCUAGUUAGGUAGGUUACCAGAUACGUAGGAAGGUAGGCUCGUAAACAGACAGGGUGGGGAUGGGGAGAGACGUGGGGACAGAGGUAGGCAGAGAAGGUACAUGUGAUAUAUUCGAAGAGAGACAAAACGCGAAAGUUGAAAGGUAAAAGAUCAGAAAUUAGGUAGAUAAAUGAUGUUAGGAGGGGUAAUACAUAUGUAGGGUAAUUUAGUAUUAUCAACUGAGUAGAUAACGUAAAUUGGGCACGGUAAAGAGUUUAAAAGCUGACAUUUUGAGCGUUAGCCCUUCACAGAGUUAUUGACGCAGGGCUAACGUUCGAAACGUCAGCUUUUAAACUCUUUACGGUGGCCAAUUUACGUUAUCAACUCAUUUACUAAAUUAUUAAAUUACCCUGUUAUACUCUCUCACCGACGCAGCACCACAGUUUCUUUAGAAACUUACGCCCCUAACCUUUUAAUUCCCAGAAGUGAUCAACAUAAAACUUCUCCCUAUGAUAUCCAUACAUUAUUCAGCAAACAGGUAAUGAAAAUAUUCAAACUUAUCCGAUAGAAACUGCUAUCUUGAUCUGACACUAAGUUCUCAUAACUAAUUGACAAGGAAACGUGUAGCAGCUAGAGGGGAGAAUUACCAAUCAGAUCUUGGGAGUUAAAGGGUUAAUACGCAUGUCGCCAAGUGAUUGAGUAGAUAGGUAUAAAAGGACUUUGGGAGGUGGGGUGAGGUAGGUACGCUGGAUGUUUGCACUUUUAGUGAGAGGGGCUGGGUACGUAUACAGCAAAGGGGAGGAGGGCCAGGAUAGCUGAUAGAUAGGGAGAAAAAGAUGUAGACAGCGAGAAAGGAAGGAUGGGUGGGUAAGUAAGCAGGUAGGGGAGGGGGCUGGAUGGAACAAAUGGCUAACGAGUUAUUUGUUCUUUAGGGUCGAUAAUUAUUUUUUUGCUUAACUAAACCGGAGUUUAUAUUCCGGGUACGCGCCGACUUGAUAAAAAAUUUUACAAUUUUAACAUUUUUUUCAUCUGUUCUUGUUGGCCGUUGGAUUUUUUUUUUGUCUCGGUUUUUUUUAGACAUUCAGUUAUAAGUCCUUAGUUUUUAUUUACAUCUGCAGCAAUUAGUUCAUUUGCAGCAGUGAACCUUGUAUUAGGAAGAUUAAUAUCAAAACAUGUAGUUUCACCCAAAAAUUUAGAGUGAUCUGAAAAAUUUUCACUUGAAAUUUAGCUAAUUAUGACUGGCCACUCAUGGGUGUUGACAGCAACAACAGACUGCGGGAUCAGAUCAAAUCUAAGAUUGCCUGGCCCAAUGUAGCUGAUGAAGAUAAGCACACAUACCUUGGUGUCCUCACUCGAACAGGAGAUGUAGGGGUGAGCUUGAACUCUUAUUCUGGAGAGUGUUUGGGUAACCUGGACAAUUGUCCCAACGGUCUUUCUCUCAGUUUUUGGAUGAAUUACAACGGUAAGAGGAGAGGCUUUUUUUCUGUGCGUUUAGUAGAUUUUCUGAUUUGUUUAAUGAACUGUUUAUUCAAGAACUGUUUGACUUCCUUUAAAGCGACGUGUCAGAAAACUUAUCUACUACCUGUGAAGUACCAGCGAAGAAAACUAUCGCAAGUUUGUGACGAAAAUCUCAGUCGUUUUUCUUCUAUAUCUGAGUGUAAUCGAAACUCAUAUUGAUUCACGAACUACAUCUAACAUUUACAUUCACUCAGCUAUACAACCCCUGAUAAAAUAAAUGCGAUUUUCGAGGAAAACAGUAGUAAACUAAGCGGCUGCUUUUAAUUUUCUCAUGAACAUAACCUGCCUUGCCCUGCGGAGGGUCUAAGAACAAAGAAAGAUAAUUUUCAUAAUCAAAACCUUGCAAAAAACACUAGGGAAAAGACACGACACUACCUUUAUUUUCUUGGAAGAGUUUUUGUUUUACUGCGGAGUAAAUUUUUUAAUUCGAAGUGGGUUCCUUUAACGAUAUUUUUGUAAUCAGUCCAUAUGGUUUUACUUCCUGGUAUUGUUGUAUGUUUCAUAAAUGUGGCCCUGAACACGCACUCCUCGCGCGACUUACAGCAGUUUUAGGGAAUAUCUUGUGGCUUUCUUAUUGAAUAUUAUGUCUGUAACGUAUAUAUUUCCAGGUUUCAGUGAACGCGCUCUGAAAGUAAUUUUUUCAGUCAUUUCCUUUCUCUUUCAAUAGCGCUUUUCGUUUCCUACAUUUUGGGGCUGAGAAACGAAUAUUACGAUGCUUUGAGGACAUGGCUUAAACCACUGAUGACUCAAACUGCCCGCUGGGAGCCUUGCUAUAGAGCUGUCAAAGACGGUUUUGGGGCACAGACGUUUCACGAAAAGUGCCCCAAUCACGCAGUGACAGUGACUUUAGUCAAAGUUGGAAAGUACAUUUUCGGUGGUUUUGCAGACCAGAGAUGGGGUGGUAUGUAAAAUGUUACUGUGUAACGUCUGGGAAAUAUGAGUGCAUUGAUUCACCCACAUAAGUAUCACAUUGACAAUGUUUUACAACUUAAAUGAUGUAAAUCCUGUUUUGAACUGCUACUGGAAUUCAAGGGAAACUGAUCCUCGUAGAUGAGCUGUGGUUCUACAAUUGCAAAAAACAACUGAAAAAAAAAUUGAUCUGUCGAUGAGAUUCGAUAAAUUCCGUACCUCCGUCUAAGAUAAAAGUCGGGCGCUUCUUUUCUGCAACUCUCUUGCGCAUCUUGUUAGCUUGACAUUGGUCUAAAUUCAAAGUUUUAUCUUUGCAAAGUUAUUUUCAACCCCUGGUUUCUGUUCAUCGGAAGUUUUCACUUCUGACACGUGUGUUCGGUAUGUUUUGGUGGAGAGCAUAUACACGUCGAAAGGGUAGUCAUGAUCAAGUGCAUGAGCAAAAUUCGAACGUAACACACAGCAGCCCCUGGAUCCUCUUGAUUUUUUUCGAUAACGAAACUGAUCUACACCAAAGAUAAAAGUAUAGAAAUCAGUGUCCUGUACAAGGAAAUUAAUCUCUAAGCUUCAUUCUCUAUUGAUUCACUUCAAAGGGACCGUAGGAUCUUCGCAGUACCUUUGGAGCAGACGUGCCUUUUUGUUCAGUCUUGUCAAUCCUACAGGCUCACAACCUCUCAAGCUUGAUGUUAAACCUGAUAAGGCUGACAAAGCUCUACUACAGGAUCCACAGGCAGGACCAGUAUUUGGAGAGAAUGACCUUUUCAUUGGCAACAAUUUAGACCAGUCAGCGGUAUCGUUCAGUGAUCUUGGGCAUGCGUAUGAGCUUCCCAGUAUCUCUCAUCAAGCCGGUACAAUCAGCGCUAGACGGUUUUUUGCAGGAACCUACAGGUUUAUGCCAGACGACAUAGAGGUGUUUUCCUACAGUUGUAAGUUAUGUCUGAUCUUACCUAUUUCUAAACAGUCCCAAAUGAAGAAUUUUUCUCUAUGAAACGGUGUUAUUUAACAAAUGUGGCUUCUUCCUUUCUUCUUCGAUUCACUCUGACAAAGGGCUGACGCUUGGAACGCCAGCUUUAGAAUCUCUUUACGGUGACCAAUUUACAACAUGAACUCAGUUGAUGAAACCAAUUUAUUUCUUCAUGAUGUUCUUUGCUUGAAUGCAGAGUUUGGGAAUUUUCCAAUUUGAACUGUUACCCUAGAACAACGCAAAAUACCAGAAUGUUAAAAGAGAAGGGGAAGGAACAAGGAGUAAGGUCCAGAGGACUGAGAAAGAGGAAUAGAGAACAGAGUAUAGGAUCAGGGUGCUCAUAUAUUCGUUCCCCGUAAAAAUUUUAAAAUACAGCUGAGGAUAAUGUUUGCAUCUAGUUAGUAAUUAUAACAUUCGUGUGUAAGUAUACUUAACGUCGAGCUAAUAACAUCAUGUUUGUCACAUCAGCGUACAAUUUUGUUUUUCGGCGCUUCUUAAAGCUGAUACCAUGCCUAGUGAUACAAAAGAGAUGGAUACCCUUUAAACAAGAGUAUAUCAACUUGCUUUAAAGUAAUCAUAUAACUUUACAAAUGCUUCUUUAAUUUUUUAUUUAAGAUUCGUUCAAAAGAAAAGCUCAAAAUCCACUUGUUACCAUAGCGACUAGAAGGGUGACCCAAGAAACAACUUGUUUUACCCUUAACACCUUGACAUCAGUAGUCUCCAUACUGCCAUCCAUACAAUUUUUCUGUUACUGAUACGGAGAAUUUAUUUAAUAAUCCAGCCUAAGGGUAAAAUAUUUAAUAUACAGCGUGCUCUUUUGUGUAUAAUUUUGAAAUGGUUGAGUCAAAACCUCCAUACAAUCAAUUCCCCUCUCUCUUUCUUUCUCUCCCUUUAUUUAAUUUUUUUAUGUUGUUUAUUCAUUUUUUUAAACCUCAGUUAACGCUGAGGAGCUCACCAGUCCAGAAUUUACGGCAACCAACUCCUACGAAGACCUUACUUACGCCCCAUUUCGGGCUCGUCCAUCGAGCCCUAACCCGUGGUGUGCCAAAGUCAAUUCAAAGGAGCAAUAUCUACAAAUUGACCUGGGGACGAAACAAAGUGUUAGAAAAAUUGAGCUGAUAAAACGCAACAACGAUACCAAAUAUGUUAAGAAAUAUAGGAUCAAGUACCGUGUCAAUACUGGAGGCACUUUUCAUAAAUACGAUGAUAAUAAGGUGAGAGUUAUUAAUAGUUACUGUGGACCUUCAGAGCCGAAAUUUUGCCAAGAAUUUUUUUCUCAUUCUCCAUGUGAAACAUUUAUCCGAUUCACGUCACUAUUUGAGUGUCUGUGCGCCCUCUCCCCUAAACCAACUGAUAACGAGUUAGGGCUAAUAUUGGAUCAGGGGACCUUCGAGAUAUAGUAAAUAAAUAGCGUAAGGUGAUUUUUAUUGUAUUUUUGGUAAGUUACUCCUUUGCUAGUCACUCUUUACUUAAAAUACAGGGACUCCAAUUACUCCAACAAGCAUAUUUUGUAGUCGAAAGACGUUUCCUGUUUCGUGACGGUUAGGACACCUGCAUCGGUGAUUAUGGAGAAAGAGUCCGUAAAUAAAUGAUAUUACUUCAUUACAAAACAAGAAGACGGACAAAAAUUCGCUAGAUAUAUUAUGAGUAAAUUCAUAACCGCGUUUUGAGUUGUUUGAGAUCGCCGAUGGGUCGGUUUUGGCCGCUAAUUUGGCCGUUGGUUUGUUCCACUUUUCUGUUCUUUCCCUGGGUAGCGCUUUCUUCCUUUUUCACUAUUCCGUUCUCAGGACCUUCUCUUGAACCUCAUUUUGCCCAAUACGAUUUUCGAUCUUACUUUGUUUAGAGUGCUUGAACAUUCAAAGCACGUGUUUUCUUCGUCAAAGGCAGGUCCGUAGCCAGACUUCAGAAAAAGACGAGACAAGUUUCGAGCGCCGAAGGUGCAAGCCGCUAAGGGUUCUGUGGGCACGCCUCCCGAGAAAAUUUUGAAAUCUUAAGGCUCAGAAAUGCUCUUUUAAGUAUUUCCCGUGGCAUUUUUCUUUAGAAAACACAAUCUUAGACCAAAAUCAAGAUGAGGCAAUUGCCUCGUCUUGCCUCAUGCUAGCUAGGGCCCUGCGAGGCAUAACGUCUCCCUAGCUGCACACAUAGUAAAUACUUCCACCACAAAGAAAGUUCGCUGAGGGAGAAAAUUAGUUGAUGUAUAAUAAGAAGACAUAUAAGAGACUCACGUUCUUGUUUCAUCAGAAGUUUGAUGUGCAAAAUCCUGCUUCAGUUAAUGUAACAUCUGCCAGAUACAUUCGACUAUAUCCUGAAUCGUGGGAAAACAGUAUAUGUAUGCGUGUUCGACUUUACAAAAAAGAAGGAGGCAAUUACGUAGGUAGGUCUAUUGAUCUCUUAAAUUCCUUGUGGUACUUGACUAACACGUCCUCUAAUAUUAACAACGGUUAUCGGGAAUAGAUUUGAAAGGGUCAACUUCAGUAACCGAGAUGAAAUUUCUUAAACAAACAAAUGUCCCUGAUUCAUUCAUUUCUCUUAGAUCUCGGUACCGACAAUUCAUCAGCUAUCCCUGAUAGUAGCUUCAAAGCAAAGUCUUGGCUUUGUUACAGCAUACCAAGUCUGGGUAUGGUCGCCAGUAACGAGCUAUGCUAUGCGGCUUGGUGUGGACAAGGUCCUUCAACAUGGCUUGAAAUCAAUAUUGGGAGCAAACAAAUGCUCGCCAGGAUGGCGACACGAGGACCUCAGCAAGGUAAUCCAGUGUCAUCUUUUUACAUAGAGUACAGCCUCGAUGCUGCAACAUGGUUGAAUUACACCGAGGGAGGAGUGAGACGGGUAAGUGGUAUCUACUGGCGAAGAGGUGGAAUAAUUUUUGCAUGAGAAUUAAAGAGAGUACGGAACAUUCGUUUACAAGAAUCUUACAAGUUUACAAGCUCUUUAACUAUGAGACAAAGAAAGGUAAGCAUGAUUCAGUAAGUUCAAUGAGCACAAGGGAAAAGGAGGGCAAAAGAGAAGUACGGAAGUCUCCCACAAAGCCAUUUCUCAGAUCGUCACACAAAGCUCCAAUAACACAUUAAAUUUGAUGGAUCAAUGCAGUCAUAUUUUCAUGUUAUCAGUAGUGAUAGACUUAUACAACUUCUCAGCCAACCCUUGUGAGGAAAGGGCCCUUCCUUGCAGUACUGCACCCAUUGGGAAACACUCUUAAUUCUAGCCCUACUUAUACUUGCUACUCUUAAACAUGCCUUGCGAACCACCUGUUUAUUCACGAAAAUUAACACUUUCGUAUAGGUUAGAAACAAACCUGUACUGUAUAUUCAGCGCCAAUUAAAUUUUUGCCAUAUUAUUUUGUUAUUUUUCCUUCAGAUAUUCUAUGGAAACUGGGUUACAACGUGGGUUUAUCAUCAUUUUCUUCCUCACCUUGAGACUCAGUUUCUUAGAAUUAUGCCACAGGACUGUGGAUCUUUCUGUUGUCUAAACGUAAAGUUAUGGAUUCCAAAAGGUAAUUAAGGCUCUCAGUGGGUGAUGUCUUUUACAGCUAACGGUUAAAAUUCUGGUCAUGUUACGACUAACUGUAAAUUUGGGUCCUCCAUGAGUCAAUUCUGGGUUAAAAAAAGAAACAAAACAAAGUAUAUCAUAUGUACAAUACUAAUUCAGUAACAGUAUUACUAUGUAUGUAUCAAGAUAAGAUGUAUAUGAAUCGGUCUAAGAUUUUGACACUCUCAAAAUAACACAUUGUAAAUAGUUAAAGUUUUUACGGUUAACUUCUCCACGACUAACGGUCAAAAUUCGUCAAUAUUUACUCCUAUUAGCUAAAUUUUUGGUUUAGUGAUUUACAGUGUAUCCAUUGAGACCGUCAGGUGUAAGCAAUCAUUUAAAACUGUGAAUUACACAUGGAAGUAUCAGUGACUCAUUCAAAUAGGUAAUUCACAGUUUUUCUGCCUCGCGUUUAGUCAUUGUUACUAAGGAAGUGAUAAACGCGAAAGAAGUACAUUCAAUACCAAAAGCUCAAAAGAUGCUAAUAAGUUUGGUGUAACACUUUUCCAAAGAAAUAUAUGACGUUUUCGUCGUUUGAAUUAGAUAAAACUCUGGAGACUGGCUGCUCAUCUCGAUACAAGUAACCAAGAGAGUCGUAACAGAGCGGUUUCAACGACAAAAUGAAUUUACAAAAGAAAGCACCUGAGCCUUUAUAUUAAAACAACUGUUCACCAAAGGCUCAGAGAACAAUGUUGAAUAAUCCCCUCGAAUUCGUCCAAUUCACCUCAUCUUCGGCAAAUAAUAGUUCAAUAAGUAAGAACCAAUCAAAAUAUGAGAAUAAUGUGGCUUACCAUAUAAUUAUCUAUCCACCUGCUUGUCUGCAUAUUUAUUUAUAGAUUUAUUUAUUUAUCUGUUCAUAUCCAUACUUGUGUUAUUCCUUAUUUACUUUUUUAUUUCGAUAAUGAAUUAAGAACUAGGAAGCUCCGGGUGAAAUAAAUGUAAAUUUUUCAAAUUCCUUUCCUGUGCAAAAACGUUACUACAAUUACAAAGUGUGACGAAAUGUUAAUUGUGUGGAAAGGUCUUUAAGCCUUAAUAUUAAAACGAGAACCUGUACACGGCCCUUUAAAUACUUUACACGAGAUAAAAAUUGGUGGCCAUUUUUGGAUUUUUUAAAAUUACAUCCCAAGCUAUGUAAGUUUAUCGAAGUUUAACUCGUUGUUGCUGAAACUUGUGUGUGUUGUUUGCGUGUGUUCGCGAAUCCGUGAGCCUCUGUAAAUUGAGUUAAAAAUUUGCAAUAUUUUCAUCGCCCUUGAUAAACCUAAGUGCUUUUGUGGGGAAAACAAUGACAACUACGUUUAAAAAAAUGCGUUACAUUUCAAAGAAUGGUUGAACAGUGCAAUUCAUUUUGAGGGAAAAGAAUAACAAAAUUUGAAAACAGAAUUUUUACUUACCCUUAUUAUACUAGUAAUUCUAAUAUUAACAAUAAAAUAUAGUAAAUUUGUAUGCCACGAAUUCCUAAGCCAUUUUGUUUCUUUACAGAUGUCACAAGCUACAUCAUAGCAUCUUUCAGUGAAAGUACUCGCGGAGAGGGCUUCGCUGUAUAUCAUAAAUAUAUUUCCGCAACAGGAAACUCAUCCUAUCACAUUCGGUUCGCAACUACACAAAAAAUAUGGUCCAUGGAACUUCAACGCAACCCUGUUAUCCCCUUCCGUUGGGUCCACGUCAUGAUCACUUGGAGCGAAGCCUGGGGACUAAGGUAUUACGAAAAUGGACGACUCCUUCAAAAGACAAUGAAGUUUGAAGUGAUUGGAGGUGGAGGCAAUCCCUAUAAUAAUGUCGCUAUCGGCAAAGCUCCUCAUACUACAGUUGUGAGCUCACAACCUUUUCUUCAGCUCUCUGAUUUAAUCAUACGGUAUUCAUAUUUAACAAACGGAGCAGUCAAAGAAAGUGUCAAUCUAUCAGGUGUGUUAGUUUUACAUUCCUAGUUUUCUUUUUUUACCUCGUCAACAUCAUUUUCUGACCAAAAUAAGAGUGGCCCUUUCGAAUUGUGAAAGAGCAUAGGGAUUCUUUAGUAUUAGAACUAUCGAAGAAUGUGUGAGUCUGGUAUAACACGACGACAUUUUCAAACGUCAAAGAACCGGAAGAACCAGGUUACAGACAAGGAGUGGUUUACAAGCUCAGUUCGGCUUCCGACUGCCAAGCCUCCUACAUCGGAGGGGGUGGCAGAAACUUCAACGCUUGACUGAAUGAAAAGGAACAAGAACCAAUGAAUGUCAAAAAUCGCACUGUUGAACAUCAUCGACUCUCAAAUCUCUUUAUUGGCUGGAGUUCCCAUCGCCCGGGUAAGAAUGGUCCUGUACAAGGACGGUUGUCGUCAGAAGUGACCGAUGUUUCGAGAACCUGAGUGGAAGUCGUCAUCAGAUAUAAAUUUGUUUCUCGAGUGUUACAAGAAUGGCUCGUGAAAACUCGUUAAUCAAUUUUCCGCGAUAAUAUUGGCUGUAAGACCCAAGUAGUGUAAGUCAAAAUCUGUUGGGAAUAAAACUUAUACCCAAUUCACACCAAAGCUUAAACAUGUUUUAUAGUUGUUUUGUUAAACACAUUUUUUUUUUCGUAGAAAAUACAUAACCUAAUAUUUUGUCACUUAAAUUUAGCACAUUGGAAAUCCAAGUUGGCAAGUACUUGAAUCAUACGGAAAAUUAAGUUUUUCAGGUCUCUGUCUAUGAUUUUCAUUCAGCAAAAACCAGUUUACAAAACAUGUUUUGCAGGUGUGAAUAGGGUAUUAGAUCCGAUUCUGAUGAUGACCUCGCUCUGGUUGUCGUAAAAGUAAGUAAAUGCCACCAGUAACUUUCCUUUAAGGAAUACUCUCACUCAGACUACACGAUCAGCUUCUGUUCUUGAUCCAAACAAUUUACAAUAUUAUUCUCCUUUCUCAUCUCAGACCUAAACACUAUCUUGUGGUAUGAACAACCAGCGUUGGACUUCAACUGGCAGCAGUUACAAACAGACUGUACACCCAGUGAAAACACUGGACCUUGCCACGGAGGUACAUAUGUAGAACGGACCCUUACAUAACCCAGGUCUUCGUUUAAGUAAUCAUUAAAUAACCUUUGUUCGGCGCAAUAGCAUGCAACGUACGAUGUUUAUCCCUGAAUACUAUAUGUUCCCUCCUAAUGAGUCUUCUCUAUAGACCAAUUUUAGCUAAAAUUCUUGAAAUAACCAAAAUGGCUAUGUACUCUCAUUUUCUUACUUAUUUAAGCCUUAACUCCUCUAUUUCAAAGGAAAAUGCUCAAAAUUGUAACAACUGACAUCUAUACUUGCAGAGACGGCCGAAAAAUUUAUGUUCGUCGAAUCUUCGUUCCCGCGACAGAAAGGUGACGUGGGUCGCCUUGUCACACGCCCAACAAUACCUACAAGAAAUUGCUUUACCUUUUGGUACCACAUGGAUGGAAGUACUAUGGGAAGGCUAAACUUGUACCUGAAAAGUCACGAAAGUGAGGCCGAUGUACUCAUUUGGAGACUUACUGGUUCUCAUGGCAACGCAUGGAAGAGAGGACAGAUUCCCAUUCUUCAGAGAUACUUGUAUCAGGUACAAAUCAGCCGUGAUUUAACACUUUCAAACUGAAAAUAAAAGGUUUUAGCGAGUUCGGUGAUGAACUUUUUCGUUCUUAAGGGUGCCACGAUAUCGUUGUGGUUGUUACCGUUGUUAGUUUUGUUGACUUUAUUUGCUGAUUUUUCCACCUAUUAUAACCUUUUAUCUGUUCUCUUCAGAUUGUAAUCGAAGGAAUUGUUGGUGGUUACCUUGGAGACAUUGCAGUCAGCGAUCCAGUGCUAAGUGUGAAUGAUAGUUGUUCCUAUACGCCGGAAGAGGCUCGACCUCUGGAGAACGGUAUCUUUAUAACAAGUUUAUUCUGAUCCUUUCCGCUUAAUUCCAAAAGGAAUUAUAACGCUGACCAUUCACACAGAAUGAUAUAGUGCUCAAAAUUAUACAGUAAGCACACAAGCCUCCUGUGCUGGUUGCAGAACCCAGUAAACGAUUGAUUAUGGGCGUGAUGACGAGGGAAGAUUUCAGUGAAAAAAAGCAUAUAUAUGCCUGGAACUGGAAGCGCGGGCUAUAUUCCAGUUCAUGAAUAGAUAAUGAUUUCUCAAAGAUUGUAGAAGCUGGGGUAAACGCGAUUAACAUUUGAGUCCACUAAACCUAAAAUAAUUUUCUUAAAACUGAGAUAAAAAACGGCACUCAUGUCGAAACUUAACUUGAAUAAAUGUUGCGAAUAAUACUUUUAGGUCACAUGGUCUUGAUUCCAGUGAAGAUGUGAUUAAAAACAAAUUGGCUGGUGCUGAUAUCUAAUGACGAGUGAAAUCAUGGCCCUUACCCCCUUCCUUUCGUUAAUUAUGUGCUUUUUUUUAUCUGUUAUCAUGCAGUUUCAGGAUGUCGAUCUGCUCUUGGCAUCGAGGGUGGUGCAAUAUCUGACCGGCAAAUCACCGCCUCCUCCGCUGCCUCCUCUGCGUAUGCCUAUCGAGGCAGACUUAACUCCCGAAACACAGAUAGCCAAUCAGGUGCUUGGUCAGCUUCUGUUACAGAUGAAAACCAGUGGCUACAAAUUGACCUGGGAGGUUCUUACUACACCAUGGUAACUCGUGUGGCAACUCAGGGAAGGAAUGGCUUAGCCGAGUGGGUGACGAAAUACAAAUUACAACACAGCUACAACGGAGUAGAAUUCAAAAAUUACAAGGAGAAGGGUAAAUUUUCAGAUAAGGUAAGACAUAUCAAUUUUUCAGAGAGUGAAUCUAACAUGCCUGCAAAAGAGACGCCCAUUUACUAACCACACCCCCCCUCCUCCUACCACCAUCAUUACCAAAUAGCUAGUCAGUGAGUGAGAAGAAGGGGGGGGAGGGGAAGGAAAAAGAGCCUUUACUAACCCUUACAGCCUCAGAUCUAGAUUGCUUGGAGAUGACUAAACAUGUUUCGCUACUAAAAAAAAUUGUUUUUUCAAAUUUUAUUUGCCGAUGUUCACCAGUUCCAUUUGGAAUUACAAAAAUUCAAUAUAUAGUUUAUUUACAAGAUGACAUCCUUCUUUUAAUAAAGGAAUUUUCUAGCAACACGGACUCUGACACUAUUGUUUCACAUGACCUAACUCCACCAAUUGUGUCGCGUUACGUUCGGUUCCUUAUAUUAACAUGGUCUGGCGGGAUAGCUAUGAGAGUGGAACUGUACGGAUGUCAAAAAGGUAAUUAGAAAGAUGUCGUUGUUGUUAUAGAGGAGGAGGAGGAUCCAAUGGAGAUCAAUUCGGUCUAGAAACAUAAGAGUGAUGAACAAAUUCAGAUGACCGUAAGCGGGAGUCCAAAAGCUAAGCUAAAGUAUGAUAACAUACAAAAUAAGAUGGAACAAAGACGUUACAAAGUUCUAUAAACGAGAAACCCAAUGAUUAAACGUAACAUGAAUUAAGCAAUUAUUCCAUGACUGCACGUUGGAUAUGAGAUGGUAAAAAGCUAACGAGACGCGUGCCGCCAAGUUGACCACACCCAAUCUCCUAUCCAACAAGCACGAACGAAAUAAUUGUUUUAUUAAAUUUUAGACUUUUCGCCAAUGCUGUGGGAACUUACGAAAUUUGUUUUGACUCUUAAUUUUUUGUUUUUCAAAUUUAAGCGACUGUAGGAAAUGACAUUGCCUAAUGUUUGUUUUAUAAUCGCUUCUAUAUGAGGUGAUACGGUAUAUGAUCUGAUAACCAGAGUUGAGUUAACUAACAGCACAUUAGAAAUGCUAUAUAAAGAGUUCAAAAUUUUAUAUUAAAAAAAGCCAUCAGGGAUGCCUUUUCCACGAGAAUUUAAACACAGUAGUUUAUACACAACGCAUUCAAACGGAAUGUAUUGUCUAAUUACACACGCUUGAUAUGCAAACUGACCAGUUACAAUGUUCAGUUACAGACAUAGGGCGCGCACUGUUCUAUUGGAGCUCAAAUCGGGUUUCUAAUGACCAGUUACUUUCGAAAUUGUCCUACAUAUUUUUGUUUGUUUUUUCUUUUAAGGUAUAUUCAACUUCUUAUUUCAAAAUAUAAGGAAUAGUGUUUACAGAUUGUGGGAAGAUUUGGACUGUUGGGUGUGGGAUUCAGGAUGGGCAAUGGGGGUACGCAAUUCCGUUUGUGAGAUUUUAUGUUUGAAAUGCGGGAAUCAGGUUUUAAAAUGAUGCAAGCGGGAUGUAGGAUGUGGGAUGAGGAUUCGGGGUAAGGGAUGCAGAGCGCAGUUAAUGUCAAUAGCUUACUAAAAGGAGCAGAAGUUAUCUUUAAGUCAUUCCUUUCGAAAUACAGAGUGCAAGUUAGCUCUUGGUAUGGAAAGUGGUGCAAUUUCCGACAUGCAGAUUAGAGGUUCCUCUGAAUAUGACGGGAAUCAUGCAGCCGUUCAGGCCAGACUGAACUACAACGUUACUGGCAAAUUUGGAGGUUGGUCGGCUCGCACAAAUGACAAAAACCAAUGGCUGCACGUCGAUCUCCUAAGUCAUUUCACAAAAGUUACUCGCCUAGCAACACAAGGACGCAGAGAUGUCGAUCAGUGGGUGACAAAAUAUAAUCUAAAGUACAGCAAAAACGGAUUAAACUUUCUCUAUUACCGUGAAUCAAGGAAAAGAAACGAUAAGGUGAAGGACAUUUCUCCUUCUUCUUCUUCCUUUAUUUUUAUUACCUCUUCGUAUGUAGGGAAUACUUAUGGAGGAUCUUUAGGAUGUAUAGAUAAUUACAAUGCCAGGCCAUAGCACAAGGAGUUACCUAUUCUACAUUUUGCGAGAAGUGAUCCUUAACGUCCCCUGCCAACCAGAACAGAGAAAGUGCAGGAGACUGGGCUUACGGUUCAUCGUCCUUAUCCGAGAAGAAGAGAAUGUUUCACAAUUUGCAGAUGUCGUAGCAAAAGCAGCACAUUCUUCCCAGUUAUUUUAAGACCCUGAGUGUUGCUGCGGUCUGGCGCUUGAAUUGUCGACCUCCUACACGGCAUUCCAGUGCUCUUCAACAUAUCGGAACUUGAGCUAACCUCCUUGCUUUCUUUAUUAAAAUUAGCCGUAGAGUAACUACCCAGGAGUUGUUAUAAUGCGAUAAAAAUUAUGCUGAUUGUCAGUACCUCAAUUGCGACAGUGUAAUAAUUGCGUCAGAUAAUCAGAGCAAAGCGAUGUAUGACAAGGAUUCAUACAUCGCUUUGUAUGAAAACCCACUGAAAUCACUCUGUCUUUAAAGUUUCGCAAUCUUUCAGCCCCUCUCAAUAAGACGAUUGUUAAAAUACGAUUAUAGAAUGAGGUCGGUAAUGAAAUGUAAACUCGAAGCAAACUGCCACUAUCUUACAUGUAACAGUUCAUGUGAGGUUUCAUUGGUCAAAGCUCAUAAUGAAGAAAUACUGCCAAGUAAACAGAUAAAUUUGAGCCUAUCUAAAAGUCUUUGAAUUACCUAUUAGUGCAGAACAAAAGAACAACUUCAUUUCCUAAGCCCAACUGAGAUAGAUCUCCACAAUGACUCCCUUAUCCUUUAUCCUUUAUCUGGGUGCAGGUAUUCGCCGGAAACACAGACAGAAAUACUGUUGUUUCACAUGACCUUAACCCACCGAUUACAGCACGUUUCUACCGCUUUCUUCCACUACAUUGGUUUGUUCACAUAUCGAUGAGAGUGGAGCUAUAUGGAUGUCAUGGUAACUAAAAAAGUUUUUUUAUACAAUCUCUUGAUCAUUAGACAGAUCUUGAUUGCUUCUAAACUUACAAAGUAACGUUAAAGGUCAAAUGCGUAAACUUCCUUUCACAAACUGAUCAAAAACAGCUUUUUAAAUGUCUUCUCAAAGUUAUAAGGUAUGUUUCGUAGUUGACUUUGGCUCUAGAGCUAAUCUUACAUUUACGUCAAAUCCCUUUUAGUCCAAGAAUGUCUCUCUGCUCUUGGCAUGGAAAGCGGUGAAAUUUCUGAAAAACAAAUCAGUGCCUCGUCAGAAUUCAGCAGCCAAUUAGUCGCCAGUCAAAGCAGACUGAACAUUCAACCAAGAGCAGGAAAGUUGGGAUCUUGGGCAGCUGCCACAAACAAUGUCCAUCAGUGGCUUCAGGUUGACCUUGGAGUUUACAGUAUAGUUGCGCGCGUCGCAACGCAAGGCAGACAUGAUGCUCAACAAUGGGUGACGAAGUACAAACUGAUGUAUGGUCAUCAUCCAUCAACCCUUCAUUCCUUCAAGAGACCAUAUGACAAUAAUGACGAGGUCUGAAUAUCUUACCCAUGAAAGUUUUUUAAUCUUUUUUUGAAUGCGUGGUUGUUUGUUUGUGACAAAUGAUCAAAACAAAAUGACGCCUGCACUCGAGCUUACCAGCUAAUCUAGGUGAACUUUACUCGAGUUUCCAUAGCAUGAAGCGACUAGGAGCAUUGCUACUGCCCUGGAUGAAAUACCAGUCCACCAUCCAUUUUUCGACUUCUAGUUUGCUCUGUGUCCUUGCCUAUAAGUGGUUUUUUUUUUCAUUGUCUUUUUGGGAAUUUUUUCUUUCAGGAAUUUAUUGGAAACAUAAACAAAGAUACCGUUGUAUUACAUGACCUUAGCCCACCCAUCACGGCCCGUUAUGUCCGUUUCCUUCCAUUGGAAUGGAUUAGUCAUAUAUCAAUGAGGGUAGAACUGUAUGGAUGUCAUGGUAGGUAACAUAAAUAAUAUAAAUUUGUCAUAAUUUGUGAUGUAAGACACCUCUGAGUUGAGUCACUAAAUAUCAAACAGAUAAAUGCCAGUGCGAUUUUUGAAGUUGUGCUAGUGGUGGCUUUAAGGGUUCUUGAAAAAUUCCAUUGAAGCAGCACCUGUAAUUCGACUUUUAAAGUAAUUUCAAACAUUGAUAGAAAAAUAGUUAUGGAAAACAUCGAUGUUGUAAAUUCAAUUUUAAAUCUUCAAAUGAGAUAUAAUGAUCAUGAAAUCUUGCCUUACAACUAAGCAAAGUUACUUUCUUCUUUAGAUACUGUCUGUGAGCCGCCCUGUUUAGAAGGGCAAUUCUGUGAUGAGGUUUUAGGACGAUGUGUUUGUGACCCAACACUCAGAGGCGAAGAAUGGUGCAAGACAAGACAAAGUAACUUUCCGCCACUAUUAUUCUUGAGACAGAUUCAUUAGUUGUUGUACUUCUUAAGACACUUGAGACACCCGGGUUUUUUCAAGUUUGUCAUUUACAGAAAGUGCACAUCAUCAUCAUCCAUUACUCCAAUUGUUACCUCUUUUGAUGUCCUUAUCUCUUCUAAGUUCUUCAAUUUAAGACUCGAAACGGUUGGUUUCUUUUAAAAACCAAUUCUAAGAUUGGUUUUCCAUACAAAAUUUUUUUCAUUCUUCUCCAGCUCAAAGAUAGCUGAAAUGAAAUCCCAAAUUAUUACUUAACAAGUUUAGAUAAUUUCGACAUACCAUGCGGUCAUAGCAACUCCACAGCACCUUUAAUUAGUUUGAGGGAAGUAUAUCAAGAUUUAACUUUGAGCAAUGUUCAAGAAAAGAAGAUUAUUGUAGGAACAGAGCCUUCUAAAAUUGUCCAAAAGUUAAGGGGGCUCUGAAGGACAUACACUGUGAUAGAGCAAAUCAUCGUCACGUUACUUCUUUGAAUCCACCAUUCUCGUCUUACUUUUACGCUUAAACCACCCAUUUCCCUGUUUUUGCCGAUACAUGUUCAGAAAUUAAGACAAGACUUCGUAGAGAAAGACUCGAAAUUUUGUUUCUUACGAGGGUGAGUCAACGAAGAAUCUAAACUGAAUCAUGGAUCAUCCAAAAACCAAGAGUGCUAAUGGUGAUCCAGGUCAUAUGUUAGUCUCAUAAGUGCCUAAACUCAAUUUCGAAAGUCCUUUGCAUACGAAGCCGUUACACCCCCCCCCCCACCAUAACCUUUUACCAAGCUGUGAAUGCUCGAUGUUUACUUCUGUCUUUUAGGAUUUUCGCCUUUGCUGAUUGACAAACUGCUCGAAUCAGCUGCUUUUUACUGGACCAUGGAUAAUCACAGGAACAUUCACAACGAAAUGGGAUCUGACUACGGUAUUGCCUCAACUGAAGCUACCACAAUUAAAGGAAUUAGGGAUAAAGCUGUGAAGGUUUACCGGGGGAGCAACACCUUUACACUGAAUGAAGGUCUCCCACCAAACGAGUGUUUGUUUAAUACAUCUCAGUGCACAAAUGGCUUCACACUUAUGCUAUGGGUUUGGUAUAGACACAACGAUUUAGGACAAGUUUUCCUUGAUUCCAGCGGAGGUAGCCAUACAGGUCACAAAAUGUUUCAAGCAAAUACUAAUUCACCUCAAGUGGCUUUCCAGAUUGCUAGUCCGAAAAAGAAUUGCAAAGUAAUCUUUCCGACGCCAAAAGAAAUAUGGACACACUAUACGUUAAGUUACACAUCCCCAGACGAUUUAGGAAAUAUAAAGAUUUUCCAGAAUGGAAAAGAAGUUGAAGACUUUGUUUUCAAAGGAUGUAGUAAUGGUAGCUUUAGUGUUAGCGAUGUGACCCGGAUGUCCAUCGGAGAUCCUCAAGGUCAGCUUCCGGAAGCAGCAUUCGAUGAAAUAAUCAUUUGGUACAGAAGCUUGACCAGUGCAGAUAUUGCCACAGCAUAUGAUUACUACAGAGGUAAAAUUUCUAUAGUAAUAUACUCCUUUUAUCUCAUUAUCAAGUGUGAUUAACCAAGAAGCUGAUAUCAAAUUGGUUCGUUCACCAAAUUAUUCUUGUUUUUUUUUUUGUUUUUUUUUUUUUUAAAAUCUUACUUUUAGUUCGUUGCUAGGCAUGGAGAUCCUUUUCAGCCUCCUUACCUCCUAGCUCAAAAUCAUGAUGUAUAAUUCUCUCUUUUCUGGGGUCCAAAUGAAUCUAGAGAAUCUUGCACCUUAUUAUAACACGUUUGGCGUUUUAAUUAGGGACCUUAAGCAAACCAUGAAGGUGACGGCAACGAGGAAAUGGAAAAACAAAAGAUCUAGUCGGAAGAACAAUAGCUCAGCACGUGCGAUUUAAAACUUUGUACAUUUCUUAGCCGUCCUAUGCACGUGAAAUCACCACAAUUUGCGUCGUCUGCGAACCGAAACCGCGACGGCAAAUUAUUUUAAUUUCCAUUUGGAACUCAACGCUUCUUUUAUACGUUAUGCUGAAGUUAAGGUGUGGCGCCGUAUGAGACGGUAAACACAUGCAGCCAUUUUUGAAAUUCUAAUUAAAGGCAGAAAUUCAUUUUUUAAUCGAAGUCUUCCUUGGCGUUGCCGUCCUGACUACUUAAGGUCCCUAUUAUGUACUGGACGGAAGGGAAUCUAAAAAAGGGAAUCUAUUCCAAAAUUACGAUAGUCAACCACUGAGCACUUACCUCUAAAAAGUACCGUGAAAAAGAACCAAUAACCCACUCCACUAGAGAGUGGCUCGCUCCGAGUAUUCACCUUGCGUGCUUUGCUGAAGAGUUCAAUAGACUUAAACACGAAUAUGGAAGCGAUCCUCGCAGUUAUGAACACUUCUUAAAUAGUAGUGAAAAUAAGGCCUGAAAAAAAUUAAGGCCUGUAUGGGAUUUGAAUUCAUGACCUCUGCACCAGUAUCCCAGAGGUCAUGGGUUCAUGGAUUUUUUUCAGGCCUUAUUUUCACUACUACUUAAGUAAUGUUCAUAACUGCGAGGAUCGCUUCCACAUUCGUUUCUUCACCGUACCGCAGUUCACGUACAUGAUUUUCAUAUACUUACAGUCAUUUAGACUCACACAUGUUUUGCAGUAUAACCAAACGGUAGGAUUUCGUGCUACCCAUGUGAGCACAGACAUGCAGCAACAAGGGCUCAUACUCAUAAACAGAGAAUAAUACAUGGGCGCGCGUAGAUAUGAAAUUUCUCUUCGAAUGUUUAAUUCGAUAGCUUGCGAGUGAGCGCAGCGAACGAGUAUCGAGUCGAACACGAGAAGAGAAAUUCCAUAUCUAUAAGCUACCAUGUAUUAUUUUGUUUAUCAUACUAACACAAUAGUUCUUUACUGACAUGAAAAGCCGACUUCAUUGAUGAAUGAAAAUAAAUGAAUCGACAAUCCCCAAAUAACAAUCGUAGGGUGCGUUGGCGCUAACUUUUAAGAUGGAAAAAUGCGUUGAAUCAUCAUUACAAAAACAACAAUAAACGGUUGAGAAUAUAUGAAAUGGUCGUAAUUUUCAAUUCACAAAAUUCUUAUUUAUUGACUUUGUCCUUACCGACAGAAGAAGUCUUUCAGGUAAACGACAAAAAAUCGGCCAGUGGCAAAUCUUCCAGAUGUCGAUUUUCAUUCUCAGCCGCGAGAAAUGCCAACACCAAAGCCACUGAAUGCGUAACUUUCGGCUUUUCUUUUUGUAUGUAAAUUUUUCCCCCUUUAGGAAAGUUUUAAUCUCACUGUCUGCAAGCAAUACGAAUUUUUCAGUGUUUUAACCGCCACAAUCAGAGAAAGUUCCGACAAACUACCUUGUAUUGAGAAUCGUGAAGGUUUUGCCGUUCAUCAAUCAACCUGACCGAGUGGCGCCAAGGAAAGUGACGUGUCAGCAGCUGAUUGGCUAUAUCAACACACGUAAAAAAAUACGAUAUUUUUAUCACGUGUGUUGUCACGGCUUUUUUCAGGGCCGGAAAGACUUGUAUAAUACCGCAGUUUAUGUGAUAAAAAACUUUUCCACAUUUCACGCUUUUGUGCAAAACAUUCUCUUCAAAAUUUGGGUCAUCAGAAUUCCAAAAACUUAACAACGCAUUGCAACUCAAAGUCUUCAAAAUCAAUAGCAUCUCAAAGGAUAUUACAAGGUACUACGAGCACUAUUUAUGAUUAGUAUGGGGCUUUGCUGCGCGCGCUGCAGCCCCGUUAUAAAGUAACUCACAUAAAAACUGUCCUUAUUACUAGUUUUGAAAUAAUCAUAUCGUCUUUUUCAGGAGAUGUUAACUUAUUGCUAUUCACCAAUCUCCAUUUCACGGGUCUUGCUUGGAAAGAAAACCUAUCAGAUCACGAAUCAGAGACUUAUAGAAACUGGACGAAAAGACUGACUGAUCGCGUAAGAAUUCACUCGUAAGAUAAACAACCAUUUAACCCCUAAGAGUGACUAGCAUCUAAUUUCUAAGAGAUGAGCUUUCUUCUUUUGUCUCACGAUAGAGUCACUUAUGAUGUAGAUCGCGACGUUUCGACUGCAAUACUGCUAGUCUUCAUCAGGAAGAUGUCUGCUAGUCUUCAUCGUCGUCCGAUGAAGACUUGCAGUAUUGCAGUCGAAACGUCGUGAUCUACAUUAUAAGUGACUCUAUUGUGAGACAAAAGAAGAAAUUUCACCUCCUAUCUUGCACCACGAUGAACAAUAAGCACAUAUUUUAUUAUAUCUAGUUUCUAGUUACAUCAUCAACCCUGAAUCAAACAUUAACGUCACAAGAAUAAAGGAAAUUAUCUCCAACUAAAAAAUCUCCUGAUUGUUAAACAAAUUCUCCUCGUCAGCGCCUUAGGAGAUGUAUAGAGAACAGUAUGGAGAAUAUGCUUACUUAUGUUGGAGUGUAAAGGGCUAAGCUAAGGUGGAAAAAUACUGGAUCAGUAUCAGUAUCUACCCACCUACCCCUCCCCUAACUCAACAACAGUCGAUUGACAACAAGUUAAGGUUAAUGUUGGGUUAGGGGAGGGGUAGGUGGGCAGUUGCCCUGAUACUGAUUUUGAUCCAAAAUCAACGAUGGUCGGCUGAUUUUUCAUUCCGAAUUUUCGGUUUUUCUUCGUAAUGGGAAGCACUCAUUUUUUACAAACAAAAAUUCAAGAACGCCUGCACUGACUUGACAAAUCAAGUGCUUGAAAAAGGAUUAGCCAUGCAAAAUAAUCUCGUACCAGCAGCAACAAAAUUCAUCAGUUACAAUGUCAAAUGUAAAGUACUGUAAUACUCUUUAUGAAGAAUGGAACAACAUUUUUCUCCCAGAAAUGUUUCGCUUUUGUUCUAAUUGCCGCUUGGAGGGUGGGGAAGGGAGAAAGAAUAUGAUGCGAAAUAAUGGCUCUUAGGACGUUCGACUACAAAGAGCACCUCAUAAUUACCUAUUCGUUCGAAGAGGGGCGCAGAUUAAGUUGAAGAAAAAAAAACUAUUCACUGAUUUCAGGUAAGAUCACUGUAUAAUAACAAGCCAGGCUACGGCAGUGUUACUGUCUACAAAUACUGGUAAGUUGAAUCAUUCAGACAAGUUUUGAACCGAGAGUCUAUCGAUGCAAUUUUACUCAUCAAGCACGGAGUUGACUUUUUGAUUGAGACGUACUUUGCGGUUACGAUAAAUUUCUACAUCAAUCAUAAUGCCCGCAUUUUUAUCUUGGUUUAAGACAAGUUAAAUCUCUACGGGUGUUGCAGUUGUAUAAUUGAAAUCAGAAUGAGAUCUAAAUUCCUCGUCGCCAAAAUCAUUCGAUAAGUGUUCCUAUUUCCCACGUUCCCUUCCCUUUUUACUCCACGAAGGACCUUAGCAAAAAAGCUGCUAGUGAGACCAUAAAAAUGUCCGUCCAUCGUUAAGGAAAGAUGUUAGCAGUCAAACGUUACAAAAACAAAAACAAAAACAAAAGCGCUUUGAAAAUAAACCAAAACAAACCGAACCAAGAUGAUUUCGCACAUCUGGAUAAAAUCUGGAAAAAAAGACGAAUUUGUCAGGGUGUGUGUUAGAGUUUGUUCAAAAUUUAUUUAGCUAUGAAUUGUGUUUUACCAACUGAGGAAUUUUGAGUUAUAUACUUGCUGGAUGGAAGUUUCUUACUUACAUCUUAACAGGGAUGCAUCAGGAGUAGCAGGUUGCGAGUUUUCCAUACAUUUUACCGACAGAGGAUACAGUGCAGUAGAACCUUUUAUAAACUGGCUCUCAACAACUCCUUACCAGAUUAACAAGCUUGAGGCCAAUGACAGUAAGUCUUGGGUUUUUAUUAAUUCAAAACCUCACCAAUCAAAAUUUAGACGUGCGCCAGAAAACUGGAUCGAGUAUAUCAAAUCAAGUCUUAAUGGUAAAGUAUAGGCAAACAAAGCUUCCUGUCGUAGAUUCACUUCUUCUCUUUUGGCUUUUUCUUUUCCUAGCUUACAUUCCCUAAAAAAACUUUUCCUAGUUGUAUCGCAAGGCACCAUAAAGAUAAAAAGGGUUUUUCAUUUUGCUUGACCCGCAUGAGUUAUCACAAUUUUUCACUUGGUAACAAGUCGUUACUACCAUUUGAUCAUUGUGAACUUUCGUUGCCAAAGUCCAAAAUAUGGCUAAAUGUCACUAUGAUAACAACCGUACCAAAAUGUAGCGCCACCUGGCCACGUUAGAACAUCGCGCCUCUAAGAAAUAUUUAUUAGUUGAAAAUAGUUUAAAAGUGAAAGUUUUUGGCAAGAAAGAGAAUUCUUUUUACACCUUUUUUAUUUCCUAGUAUUUAUAACCGCGGUCAGUCUUCACGCUCAAAGUUACAUUAAGGAACGUUCAAUCGACUUAAGUAUCACGUGGAACGGACCGACAGAUCUUUCCCAUGGAAUAUUCCAAGGUUAUGAACUUUUUUAUCGGGAUACAACUCUUGGUAAUGAGACUAAAGUGAUUCUGAGAACAACCGGCGAUACCUUUUACGUGAUACAGAAUCUGGUGCCCAACACAAAGUAUUUGAUCACCGCUCGGAGCUUCACUUUGGAGGGUGACGGAAAAAUGAGUGAGCCUUUGUUUAUAUGGACAGCACCAUUAGGUACGUUAAAGCCAUGCGCAGUCGACGUUAUUGAUCCACACUAAAGAAGUAGAGUAGACGAGUAAAGGAAAUCACGAAUGGAAAGCAACUCGUGUGCUAUCCAACGAAUUUCAUUUAAAUUUGGGUCCUUAAAACAUAAAAUGAAGCAAUAGUGCAUAAUCGUUUAUGAAUUAGUAUGUAUCGUUACCAUAAUGCAAAUACUCCUUUAGCAUUUUGACAAAAACCAUUUUGUUUGUCUUGGUUACAUGUCACCGAUCAUUGCUCUAUAGACUUGAUUUCUGAUUCUUUCAAAGCUUCUACCCAGUCUCCCAUCAACAUCACUGCAUUCAAGUUAAACUCAACAAGUCUUCGAGUCACGUGGACUAAAAUUUCCGCUGAACAGGUUGGUGGAGUCAUAAUCGGAUACAUGGUCGUCUUCCAUGUGGUAAACGAUGGAAACAGUUCCAUGAAGAGUGUUGUUCAAUGUGGGUUCAUGAAUCAAACGGUUCUAGGAAACCUUCAGAUUUUUACCAACUACAGUAUCCGUAUUCUUGGUUUUACACGGACUGGCAAGUUAGGCUCAGUCAGCGACUCAGUUUAUGCCAUGACAGACGAGGAUGGUAGGUGAAAUUUUUCGUGAACAAGAUAAGACUUGAUGCAUGACACUUAGGCCACUAAAUUUUGACGAUUUUGCGCCACGAAAAAGUAAAUUGACACACCUAACAUACAUAGAAAAUUAUCUUUUUUAUCUCAGUUAGAUUUGUAAAAAGAAAAAAGUAGGGCAAUAUAAGAUAUAAAUUGAAACGGCACGUAAAUCAAGUUUAUUAGCUUGGUGAAAAGAGUACUUUAUGUCUUGCACUUGCUUAUGUUUGUAAAAACUAACACCGUUCGCAUACGUGUACCUUUAUUCACACGUUAGGCUUUUAUGAUAACGGGACAUGAAUUUACCUUCAUUUUUUUAAUGCCGAAAGUCUUACGGGAAAUAUAAAUAACUGAAGUUUCCUCUUAAACCGUAGGUGUCACACGAUAUCACAUGAAAAUGAUGAAUAAACAUCUUUCAAAAAAAUUUUAUUCUCCAGUCAGCCUAAGUUUUUCUUAGGAUGGAAGUUAAAAGGAAAAUUGAAGGAUGAUAUUCUUAAAAUCGAAUCCUUCCCCUCCCCCACCCCUCUCCUCCAAAAGAUUUUGAAUUUUGUGCGCUUUGUAAACUUCACCGAGACAUGACGACCUUUUAGUCUUACCAACAUGGUCAGAGGGGGGAGGGGAGGUUCUGUGUACACGCCUGAAUAGGCAAAAAGGGUCUCCUCUACUAUACUUAAAUAUAGCAUAUGUUUUCAAUAAAAAGGAGUUUUAACCUAAUUAAAGAAUUGUCUUUAAAAGCUAAAGAAACCAGGUGAACGAGUUUACACGCACUUCUUUUGACAAUUAUGCGCUUCACGUAUUUUUUUUUUUUGUGCGGGAUCAAAGCAGGUAAGCCGAGCGGGCAAGAAGGGCCCAUCUUGCCCGCUCAGGUAGCCAAUCAGAACAUAGGAUUCGCUUCAUAUUGCCUACGGGCGUUGCCAGUGAUAUAAUAAGAAAUAGUAUUUGGCUUUUCGCGUUUUCCUCGCUAGUUCCAAGUCUUCCUCCGUCCAAUGUAAUCGCGCAAGCUGUUAAUUUAAGCAGCAUCUUUGUCCGUUGGGACCCUAUUCCCGCAGAAGGAAGAAACGGCAUCAUCAUCGGUUACAAGGCUUGGUACAGGAAGAUGGUUGAGCCGCCUGUUUGGAAGAGGAUGGAAUUUUGUAAUGUGUACUGGUGUGAGGCAACAAAUCUUGAAAUGAACACUCCCUAUCGCAUAAACGUCAGAGGUUUGACAGUGAAAGGAGGAGGGCCUGUUGCCUCAGUGGAAGCCAUCACAGAGCGGGGCGGUAAGGCUUGAAUUUCAUACCACUUUUAAUUUGUCUAAAAUAGCUUUGAGAAACCUGGUCAUCGCUGUAAUAAGAAAUAAGAACCGAUAGUAACUGGACUCUAAUUUCCGUGGUGAAAUAAAAGAAAAAAUCCCUACACUAACGGAAGCGAAAAGAGGAAUUGUAGGCUGUGUGUGUUUUAUGUACAAAAAUGGAACUACGGUAUUGGUCGGGGCAUGUUAUCGCCUCAUCUUGUAAUAACUCCUUCCGACGCAGCAGUACAGUCUAGUUAGAAACUUACCUCCUUUCUGCUGUAAUUUAGUUCCGCACCAGCCUUUAACGAGCCUCACAGCCCACAACACAAGCUCCACAAGUAUUCUGGUCACGUUAUACCCAGUCUCCUAUAAUGAUUCAUAUGAGCCGAUAAUAGCAUUUGAAUUGAUCAUGUCAACCGCUGACAACUCAAGCGAGAAGGAGACGAUUACCACCAUAUUAGGAAAUUGUGAAAACGCUACCAAGAUAACUCACCAUCAGACCGACCUGCAGGAGUACACAGCGUACCACAUCAGUGCAGCUGGUGUGACCAGGAAAGGAUUUAUAAAAUCUAAUCACAAGAUAACUGUUUUUACCGAAGAAGACAGUGAGUAUAUAUAACUAGAAGAAAAUGAGGGAUUAUAAAGACGUAUUCAUGAGAUUCCCUACGAUGUGUCAAUUACUUUAAAAUUGUUUUCGGUCUCGGAUGGAAACGAAGGUCUGUAUCCCCAGACUAUUGGCGGAAGUCUGCAAAUAAUCCACACGAGAAUAAACUCCUCUCCCCGUAAUUUCGAACUUCAUUACUUCAACAAAGCUAAUAUCUACGCUGUCUGUCGUUGCGUUGAUUUCGUCGGAACAUCAUAUCGAGGCUAACCCUUGUGCGAACUUCGCAAAAAACAGAUUUUUGUUCGCAUGAAAAGCCAUAGAUUUCGUCCAAGAAUUUCCGAAAAGUAGAGUGAGAGGUAUCUCACCAUGUUAUUUGUGUUAGAAUGAAGAAAUAAUGCUUUGAGGUGCUCGACAUGAUAAACUCACAAAAAUAUUGGAUAUAAAGUCACAUUAAUGAAAUUAUCAACGUAACAUGGAAUGUUGUCAUGAAGUCUAUAAGACUAAGGGUUGAACAUCGAAUUCCAUAUUUGGAGUAUUGGUUUUUUUAUUAUCAACAAAAAAGGGAAAAAAACCUAUUCCUAAUGGAACCCACCGUUUUAAACUUUGUCCAAAUUAAAUAGAAUGUUUGUAAUUAAAAGGAAAAAAUUAAUUCUUGAUCAUGAAAUAUUCUGUAAAAUGUAAGCGUUAAUAAUCUUGAUCUUCCUUAAAUUCAUUUCAGUUCCCGAGGGAAGCCCGCAAAACAUAACACCAGCGGCUUCAUCUGCUACAAGCCUGACACUGUCCUGGAAACCGCUAACUAAUGACAAGGCAAACGGACUGAUUUUGGGAUAUCACAUUCUACUGUUUGACAGACUGAGAAACAUAACUAAGAAUAUAACCGUGCAUUCUCUUGAUCAGGCAAAUAUUGCAAACCUUUUCCCUUACACUGAGUAUGAGGCACGUAUAGUACCUUUCAACAGCAAGGGACUGGGUAACGGUAGCGACGUCAUAGUGGCCAGGACCAAGGAGGCUGGUAUGUAGACGUGUGUAACCCCUUCCCACCUCUGGUGGUGACCUAAAGUAAAUUUCUCCCUUAAGAUAUCGAUUGGUUUUUUGAAAAGUGAUAAAAGGAAAGUAAAAUACCAUAUAAGGGAGUUUAUUUGAUCUAUCUUCAACUUCUCAAAGCUAAAAAAUGCAAGAAAAAUAUGGAAGAGAGGAAACGGAGAAGUGGCGUUUCGAUUUUGCGAGAGAAUGGGUUUAGGAGCAUUUUCGAUUGAGUGCCAUGGAACUACAACCAACGUAAUUCGAACAAAAAAUCAGACGAAUAAAAAUUACAAAGAGCCCCAAGAUAACACAAAGGUAAAAUCAAGCAGGAAAAAAUGUUCAACUCACGUUCUCCCCCUACCCCUCACCCCUCCCCUUUUCAGUCGUGGUCACUCGUCACAAGUCGUUGAGUAGUACUCUGCGAUCUUGUCGUCAGGUGUCAGCCAAAUGGGGUGAAAUACACCCCCUGAUUUCCCUGAUUUCUCUGGAGGAAGACUGGAGGAGGGGGAGGGGGAGGGAGAUCCACACCUCUGAAUUCACCCUUUGAACCCACCCCAGAAAGUGAAAUAUUAGCCUAAAAGCUGAUAGCAUUAAAUGGAAUUACGAAUGCUUGCAUCUCGUGUUUAAUGGCGUAGCAAAAGUAACUUUCCUAUCGUCUUUCAGCCCCAAGUGAGCCGCCUUCGAACGUCACGGGCGUGGUUCCUAGUUCCACGUCGCUGACUUUAGAUUGGAAACCAGUUGAUCCUUUGCACAUUAACGGCGUCUUGCGUGCCUACGUCAUUACCUACUUUGUCACGAAUUCUCCGUACGUCACGCGUCAAAACAUCUCCAUACCUGUCACUAGUAGUCGAAAAAGACGAGAUAUCAGUGAUCCUUCCUCGCAGAGCUACGAGCUGAGUGGAUUAAAAAAGUACACGACUUACACAAUACAGGUCAUGGCAUAUACUGUCGACUAUGGAGUCCCAAGCGAUGAAAUGAACCUCACCACAGCACAAGAUGGUAAAAUCUUUUCAUCCAUCGCUUAUUUUGCGAUAUUUAGACAGGCUGGCCUAAUACAGCUCUAAAGCAGGCUUAAAUGGGGGCCUGUAAAAUCAAUAAUAGGGCCAGACUACAACAAACUCUUUGCCAAAAGUGCGAGAGUUCUUUAAUGUCCCCGAUUAGCUAGAGCAGAGAAGUUGCAGGAGACUGGGCGUAACGGUUUAUCGUCCUUAUCCGGGAUGAAUAGAAUGUCUAACCAUUUGCAGAUCUCACGGUUAAAGCAACGCAUCAGGCUCCUCAGAAAAACGUAGUUAAAGAAAUGAUAAGACAAGCAUAAUCUUAUGAUUAUCGUGCUAACUUCUGAAUAACACGGUCAAGGUUUGAGUCCAACUCGGAUCAUUGUGUUCUGUUCUCAGGCAAGACUUGUUAUUCUCAAAGAUCCUCUCUCCAUUCCGGAGAGAGAAUAAGCACCAGAAAAAUUCUAGGGAAACCUCACGGAAUGCUAUGGGUUAACCAGCGAUGAAAUAGCUUCCAGUUUGGGAUGGGUAACUACACUCCUAGUAACUUCCAGCCAAUGGAAGCGUUGUCAAUUCCAAAAGCCUUGCAUGACAGUUAAGGAGCCAAAUUUUACCCAUAACUACCCCGUUUAAUUUUUUUUCCGGGAAAGUCUUUCCGCAUUCCUGGCAGGUAUUUCGGCGUGCUCCUGUUACCAGAUAGUUUGCCUCAACGCCGUUAAAAAGUCGCUAUGAAAUCGUAACACCGGCUGAGUUUUGUGACUCCGAAGAGUAAAUUAACCUUUAGAAAAUUGCUCUCAAAUGAACUGAAACGUCGACCAUGGACACUGCCAUUUUCAAUACCGUUUGGCAACCUGGUCGGCUUUUAGUCUAGUUCGGAGUGAGUAAUAAAGUUUGAUCUUGUAGAAAAAAACUAUGACGGAGUAGCAUUGAGGAAACAACUGUCUUGUUUAAUAGGAAAUCUUUCCUUAUGCAAUAAGUUUUCUUAAAGUUUAUAUCUCUCUAUUCUCUGUUAUAUUUGAUAUGUCAAGGUCGACUGAAAGGAAAACUUCACAUUGUAUUUAGCUCCCAGUAGGUCGCCGAUAAAUGUGACUGCCUUCAACACAAGUUCCACAAGCAUCAACGUCACGUGGUUUCCUGUUCCUGAUGAUCACGUGAAUGGCAUACUUUUGGGAUAUAGUGUACUUUACAGAAAGGCAGAUAAACCUUUUGAAGAAUUCCAAAAUAUGACAGUGUGUGCAAGUCUUUUUGAAGUAGCAAUAACGAAUUUAGAUUUCUUCACGAAUUAUGAGAUCCGAGUCUUAGCGUUUACAGUCGCUGGGAAAGGAAACAUCUCAAAUCCUGUGUUCUGCAUGACAGACGAGGACGGUAAGUUUAUUUUGUUCCUGACGUAGAGAAGUUUUUCAAAUGAGUAUCGAAAGCGAUCCAAGGUUUCUUUGGUUUUGAUUUACUUCGCUCUUGAACCAAUCCAAGCUUGGUCACUCGCGUUUUCCCGCGCUUUAAGCAGGUUAUCAGUUUGAGUUCUCAUUGGUUGAUCAUGAUGUUAACCUUUGUUCUGAUCGGUAGAGGUGAUUACUUUAUGGUUAUAGUUUUUCGACACUCGAUUUAAAAGUGCUUUGAUAUGGAGGAGGUUGGGACUAAUGUAGCAAGCAUCACUCUUUUCAUGUAUACGUGAAGGAAAACGAGUAGAAGGAGGGAUUGUACAAGAGAAAAGUCUUCUAUUCCUCCUUUUUUCUCCAUCUUUCCUUUCCUUGAGAAACGAAUAAAAAAAUAAUUUUCCGCGCACAAUCGCGAAACGCGUGGUAGAGUAUUCCUAUGUCGUGUUUUUUUAUGCUAACACGAUUGAAAAUUUCAUUGAACCACGGUGUUCUCUGUCGAACACGCAAUAACGUGAAAAUUGAGUGGUCUUACGCCAAGGGAAGGGCAAAAAAAGCAAGUCCUUCAUUCCUGAGGAAUGACCCAGACAGGCGGUCUAAAUGGCCAUUUCUGACCAAUAGAAAGCUGAGUCAGAAUCGUUUGCUCUUUUCAUUUUAGUCCCAGAGGGUGCACCAAUCAACCUGUCAACUCUUCCUGCUAACACGACAGCGAUAACAGUUAGGUGGCCUCCAGUCGCCGAAGAAGAGAGAAAUGGUUACAUAUUGGGUUACUGGGUCUCCAUAAGUAACAUCACCGGUGAAUUUAUCAAAAACGUCAGUGUUUAUGGUUCUGAUAUGCUGACGACGACCGUGGGAGGACUGGACAUCUGGACAAAUUAUAGCGUCCAGGUUCUCGCGUUCAACGUCAAAGGAAAUGGUCCCUGGAGUAACGUAACACGCGGAAUAACUGACGAAGAAGGUAGAUAACAAACGAAAUUUUCAUCUUUGUUUUUUAAAGGAAUAUAUUGACACACAUGGUUCUAUUUUGUUUGUCUGACUAGCUGUUGGAUUGAUGGAUUGAUCCAUCAAUUAACUGAUUCUCGUCGAUGUCAUUAUGUCCGCUCAUAUCAAUCAUCUGCAUGGCAUGAGCGAGUGGCUUGAACAAAUGUGAAUUUCUUUUAACCUUUAAACGUUGAGGAUGACUAGCAUCUAAUUUCUCUACAUAAUACCACCCCUGAAUCACACAUUAAAGUAACGAGAAUGGAGGAAUGAUCAGUAGUAAAAGAAACUCUUGAUUGUUAAAAAAUUCUCCUUUUCAGGACCUCAAUAACUGUAUAGAAAAUAAAUAUCUCAGUAUCGAGAAUAUGCAUACUGAUGUUAAGGUGUUUUUAACCUCAACCGUUAAAAUUUCGCCGUCGAUUGCUUUGACAACCGGACUCAGAAAACUCGUUGACGGUUGGUGCCAAAAAUUUAAAUUCAUGUUUCAAAGCAAAAACAAGCUAGAGGAGCUUUAUCAGUGUGAUUCAUUCAUUUUGCUAUUGCAGCUCCGCGUGUUGCUCCAUCAAACGUCACUGCGUUCAACACAAGCUCGACAAGUCUUCAUGUCACAUGGCAGCCAAUAAGCACGCAGGGUCUGAGAGGCAUUUUGAGGACUUACCGUGUGUAUUACAUUGAAAAAGAAACCUACUUUACACGAUCUCUUAGAAAUGUGACAGUAGACUGCAACACUUUACAAGUGGAGUUAGUUGAUCUGUACAAGUUUACCAACUACUCUGUGUAUGUGGUGGCAAGAACGAACAAAGAUGGAGUAAGCAGCACGACAGUUAACGUUUCAACAGAUGAGGACAGUAAGUAAAUAUAGUUUUGUACGACUCACUAAGACUUUUUUUUAGACAAAGAAGCAUUCUAAUGUAUUUGAGGAUAGCAUGAGGUAAAGAAAAACCCUGUUUCUUAAAAAAAGCCUUUUCCCCGUGACCUUCCGGAACAUCAGCGAGAUACUGAACAACUGAGCUUUUGCGAGGAAAUCCAAGCGAGGCGAGUUUAUACUUUGGGCUGAGUAAUUUCCAGAUCGCUCGGUGUGAUGAAAUAUAGGUGAUAAAUUUUAAGUUCUCUAGUUGUGAUCGAUGUACCGUGAUAUUCACGCGUGUGGGGACAGAGAAACCACCUCAAUACAGCAUUAUGUAGGCAGCCACGUCGAAAUGAGGUUGCCUAAACCUAUGACUAGCUUGUUUAAAUUUAAAUUAUUGAAAUCAUUAUCCUCAGAGAACUGGAACGUUGAUUUUUCGCUCACUCAUUUAAUGUAUUGAUUAGCUCUACCCCUCUGCUUAGUUAACAUGGGAAAUAUCUCUUCGGUUGCUGUGUAAUUUUGCGUUUUUACGUGCGAGUUUAAACUAAUCGUAUAUCUAUAAAGAUACUCAUCAUCUUGAUCUCUUUAGGGAUUUAGAAUGAAGUGAUGAAAACUUCUUUGAAUCGAGAAAUCUGCCAAUUUAUUUUUUGACGUUUGCAAAUGGGGUAGUCGCGUAUUGAUCAAGUUUUUUGCCUUUUCAUCUUCUUCUUUUUUUUGUCCCUAAUCUUUUCAAACACAGCACCUGACCGGCCACCAGUGAACGUGGUGGUCUGGACACCACAUUCAACAUCCAUUCAUGUAAGUUGGCGUGAAGUGCCCAAUGGUUACAAAAAUGGAAUAAUCAGAGGAUACAAAGUUCAUUACACAGAACUACAACAAAACGCUCCAACUGGGACGGAAAACACACCACCAUUUGAACGCUCGCUAAGCAUCACAGGACUAAAGAAGUUCACGCAGUAUAACGUAACCGUUUUGGCUUACACAAGUAAAGGGGAUGGUGUUACAACUAGCACAGUUAUGAUGACAGAUCAAGAUGGUAUGUCUUAUGAUAAUCAUAAAGGUCGGAAUACAAGGUGUAAAAUUAUGUCGGUAUCAAGUUGUGAGACAAAUUUCUUUUUAAUUUUCUUCUCCACUUGAUCGAGGUGAGAAAAUGUCCUCCACAGAGUUCAUUGCUUAGUUAUCCCUGUUUUACGCUAUAUUAUCGGUCGAUACAACAAAACUCGCAUCACCCUUAGUAGCCACAACAAAAACCAUUAGCAACUUGGUAAGUUGUGAUUACCCGCGUUUGAAGGCAGUUAUGCGAUUACCCACAAAUCUCAUUGGAAAAUUUUUAGGAUAUUUUCCUUCGUUCUGAUUCGCAGUUUUUACAAUUUCAAUUUGAUUUUACGACACUUAGUUUUAUCUCCCUCGAUGGCUGUAUGAUAAACGAGAAAACUUAAUAAUGCCCGAAGCAAAGCCGAUUUCAGUUUGAAGGAUUCUGAGUCAAUUCCACACCAAGCUAAUGUGUUUCUUUGUCGCGAAAUCGACAACAAGAGAAGUCUCUGUUCUGCAUUACUGAUACUAGGACGAUUUUAUCAAAGAAAAUCAACGGUGGGAACAAAGCAGUGAUUACUCACGUAGUGAUGUGAACAAAAUGAAAUGCACAGCAAGCUCCUGUUUCAUAGAAGAUAAAAAUACAAGUUGAUCUUUAGAUGGAGUAAGCGUUUAGGUUUCAUAAAAGUUUAAUAUAUUUGGCAAUAAAUAUCAACAUUUUUAAGAUAUGCACAGAGCAAGAUUUGUCUCUUUUCUAAUUUUUAGUUCCUGAUGCUAAACCGCUUAACGUAAGAGCUGUCAGCACAUGGACCACUCAUACAAUCCCACUCAGUUGGACACACAUCCCAAAUCACUUACUCAACGGAAUUCUCACCGGCUACAGGAUACGUUACGAGGCCGUAGAAAUGGGAGAGUACCCGUACAAAGAAGCUCCUAAGGAAAUUAUUCUACCCGCAGGAACUGUAUCCACCGAGCUCACAGGGUUGGAGAGCUUUACUGUUUAUCGUAUCGAGUUGACCGGACUUACAGUCAAAGGAGAUGGGCCCCGUGAAGUCCUUUUUGCAGGUAAACAGACUUAAGUCGAACGAAUGAGAAAGAGGUUUUCGAUGCUUUUGACAUUGUAAAUAAGGCUUCAGGAAAACUGUUCUAAUAUUAGGAUUUAACUUAAUUUCAUAAGUGGUAGAGAAAUCGUGAUUAUAAGAACAUUAUGAAAAGGAGGUGUUGGGGAGUAAUUCUCUAGUGCUCAGGGGAGGGGUAGAGACAAGAUAGUCUAAUGCUCAGAGAGGGGGAGAGCCAAGGUAGUCUAAUGCUCAGUGGGGUGAGACAAGGUGGCCUGAAGUGAAGGAGAGACAAGGAAGUCUAAUGCUCAAGGGGAAGAGACAAGGUGGGUUAAUGCUUAGGGUGGGAGGAGAGACAAGUUUGUCUUAUGUUCAGGAACUACUAGGAGACAAAGUGCGUUAUGCUCCAGGUGAACAGCGACAAAGAGGCCAGAUGCUCAGUGCGCUGAGCUCUGGAUUGAUUGGUCCCUGCUCGAGGCCAGGCUAGUCCAUGCGUUGUCUUCCCGGCGAAGAUACUUCACUUUCACAGUUUUCUCUCUUAAACCAGAAAUGUAAAAACUAUCAGGCAAACCUGAUGGAAUACUAAGGGGAGAGGAGGAAACUAGAGAGGAACUGGUAUCAAUAAGGAAAGGUAUCAUGAAGGAAACUGGGUUAAUAAUAGCCUUAUGCUAAGAAAACUGUAUUUAUAAUCGUACUAAGCUAUUUAAAAUAGGUUGAUAAGAAUUUUAUAUGAUUGGAGCAAGUUAAAUUCAUGCUACGGAAGAAAUGGGCCACUUCGUUCGUAAGAUUUAACCUUAAACGAUAAGCUAAAAAAAUAAGGCAUAACUUCUAUUUGUAGCGAGUCUUAAUGAGAAAUUGAUACCACAACAUAUAUUUUUAUUAGAAGAAUGCUGAAGAUAGCUAUAUGUACAACAUAUUAAAGCGUCUGUUUUCUCAGAAACUUGCCGAUGCUUAAAGCGUCUAACAACGAACUGGAUGGUACUCGAUCCUUACGUUACCCAGUCACACUCAGCCACGCAAGGGCCAGGGGGCCUUCUGCCUCCCUUCGUAGAGGACAUGGCAGUCACAUGCUGCCAGACGUGCAAAACUCACGGAGAGUCUUACGUCGACUUCGAAUUCAAUGGAAAAGGGGAACCUGCUUUGCAACACACAGAGGAAGCGCUGAGAUUGAACAUACUCCAUGCAACUGACUUGACUUUCCCCGUGUACGGAUACAAGUUACAAGACAAAUUCAGGCGUGAGUUUGGCUACACAGGGAUAGUGGAAUCCCCUGGGAUUGCUUACGUAAUAAACACCAAUUAUGGCAACGAGACACCUACAUCUUUGGUGCAUGCUGUUUUUGCAUGCUGGCCGCUGGCUUUAAUGGGGAUCUUGCUGGCUUAUAUCUUUGGAUUUAUAAUGUGGGCCGUGGUAGGUAACGCACCGAUUUCUAGUUAAUUGCUGAAAGUAGUCUGGAUUGCAUCGAUCGCGCUUUCGUUGUUAGCCUUUAUCCCCGCGCUCGAGGGCGCUUUAUAUGUUUACUUAAAACCCUUAUUGGUUCGUUGUAGUGUUGACCUUUUUUCUGAUCAGCUGUGGCAAUUGCUGUACUUACGUUUAUGUUUUACGACACCCAGUUGUAGUGCGUUCUGUUGAUUUUCUUAUUUUCGAUCACUUCUUCAAAGCAUCAGCGUUUUGAAAAUUUUAGGCAUGGUUAAGACAUGAUCGUUUCUCUCCGCAUUAAUUCGUCACGCAAAGGAAACUAGAAAAGUGAAGCUGUUUUGGAAAUUACUUCGAUUUACAUUAGCAUAAACCUUAACAAGAAUAAUUUCUCCGUCUGGUUUUCAGUUUUAUUCUCUAUCUUAAUAUUAUUACACAGUUUCAUGUAUACAGAUAUCUCUGCUCCGCUGCGCGGGGCAUUUUUGACUCUGAGCGGAGUUUUGGAGUAACAAUCCCAAAACGUUUCUUCCGAAACAAGAAUACUAUACUUCUAUUAAAACAAUUAAUGUGGCUUUCUCUAACAGCUUUUAUUAGCAAGAGCCAUAUGAUGCAAAAUGCAAAGAAAAUACAAAGUUAGAAAUUUUUUUUGAGCUUUUCCAUAAAUUCUGCUUCAAUUUUAGGAUCAAGCACAGAAUACUGAACAUUUUCCUCGAUCGUUUUUUUCCGGAAUUUGGGAAGGAUUUUGGUGGGCCUAUGUUUCCAUGACAACUGUAGGGUAUGUGGUGUAUGAACUAAUACAUUUUCAUGUCGAAAAUUAAAGAAGGUGUAAAAUAACUUCUGAGUUUAUUCCUUCAAGUUGAUAGGAGGGAGUAGAGACAGUUAAAAGACUCAUUUGCCGGCCCAUGAAGGCCUUUUAUUUAAAAAAAAAAAAAGUCCCCCUGAAGGUUUCUGUUUGGCUAGGAAUAAUGUUUCAUUUACCUUCCGUGUUGAUUGGAUAUUUUGGUGCAGAACGAGCAGCAUAGACGCCGCAUUAUAUACUCGGCACAUGAGAAAAAUUCCUGAGAUAGGAUUGAUUAUUUAAAGAUCCUCUUACGAUCUUUAAAAUGACAGUGAUUUUAAAAAAAAAUCUAUUUAAAUUUAUUUAGAACAAACAUAGUAACCAGCUCCCAAUUGGCUUGUUAGCUCAGUUGGUAAAGCGCUGCACCGGUAUCGCAGUGGUCAUGCGUUCAAAUCCCAUGAAUUUUUUUCAGGUCUUAUUUUCACUCAGUGAAAAUAAGGCAUACUUAAGCAUACUUACACUACGUAAGCAGUGACUGCUUUAAGUAGUGUUUAUUACUGCGAGCUUGAGCUUAUUUAAGUUACGAAGCUAAAAUAAAAGGUAACCUUUUGUCGAAACCUUACUAGGUAUGGAGACCGCACUCCCUUUUCAAACGUCGGCAGGAUCGUGGCUAUAGUUUGGACACUGACGGGCGUUGUUAUCAUCGGUAUCUUGGUUGGUUUCAUCGCUGUGUCGCUGACAAGUGUAUCAGUUGGUGUGGACUACAAACUAUACGGAGCAAAUGCA